AUGGUAUUCAAGACAAAGCUUACUGAAUUAACGGGUAUCAAACAUCCUAUUGUUCAAGGUGGUAUGCAAUAUGUCGGUACAGCCGAAAUGGCAUCUGCUGUCUCUAAUGCCGGCGCCUUGGGUAUUCUUACAGCUUUGACUCAACCUACACCAGACGCGUUACGUGCUGAAAUUCGUCGUUGUAGAACAAUGACCAAGAACCCUUUUGGUGUCAACUUGACCUUUUUACCUGCUAUCGUGCCUCCUCCUUAUGAAGAAUAUACCAAGGCCAUUAUUGAAGAGGGUAUUAAGGUCGUUGAAACUGCCGGCAAUAACCCUGGUAAAUACAUCAAAAUGUUCAAGGACGCCGGUAUCGUCGUCCUUCACAAAUGUACUUCUAUUCGUCACGCUUUGUCAGCUCAACGUCUAGGCGUUGAUAUCAUUUCCAUAGAUGGAUUUGAAUGCGCUGGUCAUCCUGGUGAAGACGAUAUUACAGCUCUUAUCUUGCUUGCUAAAUCUGCAAAGACCUUAAAUAUCCCCUAUAUCGCAUCCGGCGGUUUCGGUGAUGGUCGUGGUUUAGCUGCCGCAUUAGCAUUGGGUGCUGAAGGCAUUAACAUGGGCACUCGAUUCAUGUGUACUGCUGAAUCACCCAUUCAUAACAAUAUUAAAGAAGCCAUCGUCAAGGCAGACGAACGAUCUACCACCCUUGUCUUCCGUCCUUUCCGUAACACAUCACGUAUCUUUAAAAACUCUAUUGCUGUCGAAGUCAACAGUCGUGAAAGAAAUCCCAAUGUAAAAUUUGAAGACGUUCGUGAGCUUGUUGCAGGUGCUCGUGGUAGACAAGUCUAUACAACUGGUGACCCUGAAUUUGGUGUCUGGACAGCAGGUCAAGUCGUUGGUUUGAUUGACGAUAUUCCUACCUGUGACGUGUUGGUCUCUAGAAUUGUUCGUGAUGCCGAAGCUGUUAUUAAGGAGCGUUUGAACAAAAUGAUUGUUCCUGAAAGCAAAUUGUAA